GUGAGUGAGGCGGACUAAGCAGACAGUCAGUCCUGCACCGUGUCGGGAGAUGUGACAGGGAAGCCACUACAGGCCGGAAUGUCACCAGGAGGGACCACCAGGGUCCCGGGGGAGCAAUAAGGGACCCCUCACUUCUACACAGGAACCCUAAAACUGCAGGUUGCAUCCCACUCCUGGACAUUAUCCCUUGGAUUUUGGGCAUUGCACCCCACUCCUGGACACUACCUCUGGAGCUAUACAUUGUAGCCUGCUCCUGGUUACCUUGCCCCAAGGGCUGUGCUUCUCAUUCCACUCCUGAAUCUGGAGCUUCUCAUUGCACCUAUCUCCUGGACACUGUACCCCCCGGAUUUGGGACAUUGCUCCUCUCUCCUGGACACUGUAACCCCCGGAUUUGGGACAUUGCACCUUUCCCCUGGACACUGAGCCCCUGGAUCUUGGACACUGCACCUUCCUCCCAGGCACUGAACCCCCGGAUUGUAGUCCCAAAUCCCUCAUUGCACUACACGCCUGGGAGGUGUACCCCUGGAUUUCAGGCAGGCUGCCCCUUCCCUUGGCCCUCCAUCCUGGAUUCCAGGUUCUUUUGUUGCUAGGAGCCGGGGGAAAGUGCAGGAAAAUGUUAACUUGAUGCCUGAGACCUGAGCCGAGAAAUCCGCCUCCAACACAGCUCUGCCCUGAGCCAAGAGCCUAGAGACCCUUUCUGGAUCUCUUCUAGAUCCCUUUCUUUGUUACUUCGAGUGGAAACUAUUUACAUCUUGUUAUCCACAAGGUGGGAGACAGCCACAGAUGUAAUGAUGAGCGACACAGACCUCACUGUUCAAUGAAGCUUGGGAUUCCUAUCUGCACCCGUUAAGGAAUACACAGAAAGCAUCCCCAGGAAUCCACCAUGGUUACUCCUGGCCGCAGAAUGCAAACUCAUUGGCUGUUUCUGGUCAUCGCCAUCUUGCAGUGCACGGAAGGGUUUAGCCGUGCAGCAUUACCAUUUGGUCUGGUCCGACGGGAGCUUUCUUGUGAAGGGUAUAACCUGGAUCUCCGAUGUCCGGGAAGUGAUGUCAUAAUGAUUGAAAGUGCCAACUAUGGUCGUACAGAUGACAAAAUCUGUGAUGCGGAUCCCUUUCAGAUGGAGAACGUAAACUGCCACCUUUCAGAUGCUUACAAAAUCGUGUCAAAAAGAUGCAAUAAUCGGACGCUGUGUACCGUGGUCACAGGGUCCGAGGUUUUUCCUGACCCUUGUCCGGGAACCUACAAGUACCUGGAGGUUCAAUAUGAAUGUGUUCCAUUCAUCUUUGUGUGCCCGGGGGCAUUGAAAGGAGUCGUGGACUCUCCAUAUAUUUUUGAGGCUGAACAGAAGGCAGGUUCCUGGUGUAAAGACCCCCUUCAAGCAGCAGAUAAAAUUUAUUUCAUGCCAUGGACUCCGUAUCGAACGGAUACAUUAAUAGAAUAUUCUUCAUUGCAAGAUUUCCAAUCGGGUCGUCAAACAACAACCUACAAACUUCCUAAUCGUGUGGACGGCACUGGAUUUGUAGUAUAUGAUGGUGCUGUAUUUUUUAAUAAAGAAAGAACAAGGAAUAUUGUAAAAUUUGACUUGAGGACUAGAAUCAAGAGUGGGGAGGCAAUUAUUAAUUAUGCUAAUUACCAUGACACUUCCCCUUAUCGUUGGGGAGGGAAGACUGAUAUUGAUUUGGCAGUAGAUGAAAAUGGAUUAUGGGUAAUUUAUGCAACCGAACAGAAUAAUGGGAUGAUCGUGAUUAGCCAACUCAAUCCAUACACUCUUCGGUUUGAGGCAACAUGGGAGACGUCCUAUGAUAAGCGAGCGGCAUCGAACGCUUUUAUGAUUUGCGGGGUUCUCUAUGUUGUCCGUUCUGUGUACCAAGAUAACGAAAGUGAAACUGGAAAAAAUGCCAUUGACUACAUCUUCAACACCAAACUGAAUCGCGGAGAGUCUGUUGAUAUCCCCUUCCCUAACCAGUAUCAGUAUAUUGCAGCCGUGGAUUAUAAUCCCAGGGAUAACCAACUGUAUGUAUGGAAUAAUAACUUUAUUCUGCGAUACUCACUGGACUUUGCUAUUCAAGACCUAUCCCAAGUGCCUACAACAGCAGUAUCAGAAACACGCUCUGUGGAACAGAUUGAAACCACCGUAUCCACAACGACCACCACGUCCCAGAAAGCUUUAAUUAGCACAACCGUAGCCGCAGGUACAAAAGAGGGGAGCAGAGGUUCUAAACCCCCACCAGUAAUUUCUACCACAAAAAAUCCUCCGCUGACCAGCGUCUUUCCACUUCCUGAGCGAUUCUGUGAAGCAAAGGAGGCUAGAGGAAUAAGUUGGCCACAGACACAGCGAGGAAUAAUAGUGGAACGACCCUGCCCUAAAGGGACACGAGGAACGGCCUCAUACCUCUGCUUGAUCUCCAGUGGAACUUGGAAAAUGAGUGGUCCAGAUCUGAGUAACUGCACAUCGCACUGGGUGAACCAGCUGGCACAGAAGAUUAGAGGUGGGGAAAAUGCUGCCAGCCUUGCCAACGAGCUGGCAAAACACACCAAAAGCCAGAUAUUUGCUGGAGAUGUAAGUUCGUCAGUAAGAUUGAUGGAGCAGUUAGUUGACAUUCUUGAUGCCCAGUUACAAGAACUCAAACCAAGCGAAAAGGACACUGUUGGGAGAAGUUAUACCAAGCUUCAAAAGCGAGAGAAGACAUGCAGGGCUUAUCUUAAGGCUAUCGUUGAUACAGUGGAUAACCUGCUGAGACCUGACGCGUUGCAGUCUUGGAGGGACAUGAACUCUUCGGAACAAGCGCAUAUUGCCACAAUGCUACUGGAUACAUUAGAAGAAAGUGCCUUCAUCUUGGCUGACAACUUGGUAGAUCCUACAAGAGUUUCAAUGCCCACAGAAAAUAUCAUCCUCGAGGUGGCCGUGCUCAGCACAGAGGGCCAGGUGCAAGAGUUGAAAUUUCCUCAGGGCAAUAAAGGAGGCAAUUUGAUCCAGCUCUCAGCAAACACCGUUAAACAAAACAGCAGAAACGGGCACGCAAAGUUUGUCUUCAUUCUCUACAAAAGCCUCGGGCAGUUUCUUAGCACGGAAAAUGCAACAAUAAAGCUAGCACCAGAACUGGUUGGUCGGAACAACACAAUUGCUGUAAACUCGCACAUCAUCGCAGCUUCCAUAAACAAAGAGUCCAGUCGCGUGUACCUAACGGAUCCUGUGUUUUUUACACUGGAACACAUUGAUCCCAAUAAUUAUUUUAAUGCCAACUGUUCAUUUUGGAAUUACUCGGAGCGAACUAUGAUGGGGUAUUGGUCCACACAAGGCUGCCGACUUGUAGAAACAAACCGAACACACACCACUUGCGCUUGCAGCCAUUUAACAAACUUUGCCAUACUGAUGGCCCAUAGAGAGAUUACGUUCAAGGACCACAUGCACGAGUUGCUGCUCACUGUAAUCACGUGGGUCGGGAUCGUGAUCUCUCUUGUCUGCCUCGCCAUUUGCAUCUUCACUUUCUGCUUUUUCCGUGGCCUGCAGAAUGAUCGGAACACAAUUCACAAGAACCUUUGCAUCAAUCUCUUCAUCGCUGAAUUUCUUUUCUUGGUUGGCAUAAACAAGACAGAUUAUGUGAUUGCUUGCCCCAUCUUUGCUGGCCUACUACACUUUUUCUUUCUUGCUGCCUUCGCUUGGAUGUGUCUUGAAGGAGUCCAGCUCUACCUCAUGUUGGUGGAGGUGUUUGAAAGCGAAUAUUCGAGAAAGAGAUAUUACUAUGUGGCAGGUUACCUCUUCCCUGCUACUGUCGUUGGCGUCUCAGCCGCGAUUGACUACAAAAGCUAUGGAACUGACAAGGCGUGCUGGUUGAGGAUAGACAACAAUUUUAUCUGGAGUUUCCUUGGUCCUGUUGCUUUCAUUAUUCUGCUCAAUCUUGUGUUUUUGGUGAUCACACUAUGCAAGAUGGUGAAGCAUUCAAACACUUUGAAGCCGGAUUCCAGCCGCUUGGAAAACAUUAAUAAUUACCGUGUUUGUGAUGGCUACUAUAAUACGGACUUACCUGGAUAUGAAGAUAAUAAGCCUUUUAUCAAGUCCUGGGUGCUGGGCGCAUUUGCCCUAUUGUGUCUGCUGGGUCUCACGUGGUCCUUUGGCCUGCUGUACAUCAAUGAGGAGACAGUUGUGAUGACGUACCUCUUCACAGUCUUUAACGCUUUCCAGGGAAUGUUUAUUUUCAUUUUUCACUGCGCUCUUCAGAAGAAAGUGCGUAAGGAAUACAGCAAAUGCUUCCGACACUCCUACUGCUGUGGUGGUCUUCCAACAGAGAGCCCCCACAGCGCAGUAAAAGCAUCUACCACAAGAACAAGUGCUCGAUAUUCCUCUGGCACUCAGAGCCGUAUUAGAAGGAUGUGGAAUGACACCGUAAGAAAACAGUCAGAAUCUUCCUUUAUCUCAGGUGACAUAAACAGCACGUCAACCCUUAAUCAAGGAAUGACUGGCAAUUACCUACUAACAAACCCUCUUCUUCGACCCCACGGCACUAACAAUCCUUAUAACACAUUACUGGCUGAAACAGUUGUAUGUAACGCCCCUUCUGCUCCUGUGUUUAACUCACCAGCGACCUACAGAGAGACAAGACAUUCAAUGAACAAUGCCAGGGACUCAAGUGCAAUGGAUACUCUACCGCUAAAUGGUAACUUUAACAACAGCUACUCUCUGCGAAAUGGGGACUAUAGCGACGGCGUACAGGUUGUAGACUGUGGACUAAGUCUGAAUGAUACAGCAUUUGAAAAAAUGAUAAUUUCAGAACUAGUACACAACAAUCUCCGAUGCAGCGGUAAGAACCACAACUUAGAGAGGACCCUUCCGGUCAAAGCUGUCAUUGGUGGGAGCAGCAGUGAAGAUGACGCCAUUGUAGCAGAUGCUUCCUCUUUAAUGCACGUGGACAACCCAGGCCUAGAAAUUCAUCACAAAGAGCUAGAAGCGCCACUUAUUCCACAGCGGACUCACUCUCUUCUGUACCACCCACAGAAAAAAGUGAAGACCGAAGGAACUGAUAGCUAUGUGUCACAGUUGACAGCAGAGGCUGAAGACAAUCUCCAAUCCCCAAACAGAGAUUCUCUGUAUACUAGUAUGCCCAACCUAAGGGACUCUCCUUACCCUGAGAGCAGCCCUGAUGUCGAAGAGGACCUCUCUCCUUCGAGAAAAAGUGAAAACGAGGACGUUUACUAUAAAAGCAUGCCAAAUCUUGGAUCUGGCCACCAUCUUCAGAUGUACUAUCAGAUAAGCAGAGGCAAUAGUGAUGGCUAUAUUCUACCCAUAAACAAAGAAGGCUGCAUUCCGGAGGGAGAUGUCAGGGAAGGACAAAUGCAGUUGGUCACAAGUCUUUAAUAGAAAUUUUCUUUCUUUCUUCUUUUUUUUGUUUUGUUUUUGUUUUUCAAUUUUUUGUAGGAUAGCACAUGGUCUUGUGCAGGUCUAAAAGACUUUAAUUCACUCAGCUGAGGUCACAUGCGUUCUAACUGGCGACCUAGUGUGACCUAUGAUUCUCCAUUGUGCAGGAGAGUAAUAGACUUUUCAGUUCUGUGAAUUUUUUUUUUUUUUUAUAAAGCAAAAACUUUGUAUAUACACAGAGUAUACUAAAAAUGUUAAAAAAAAAAAAAAUAUUUGUUACAAAAGCAAAGAGGUACCAACAAGGUAUUUAAAAUAUCUGCUGCUGAGUAAAUGACUUUGUGAAAUAGUGAUUCUGUUUUUUUCCCAGCCAUUGUACUGCAGCAGCACAAGAACAUCGUUUGUAAAUACGGCUGCCAUUUUGUGAGGCCUGCAUUGUAUUAUAUACAAGAUUUAGGCCCUUAAAUCCUGUGGGAUAGAUUUACUGUACCUUAAAGUUUCUGACAAGGCUUGGACGCAGGAUUUUUUUCCCCCUGCUUAAGCGUUGCAGUUUACUGCAAAUUGUUCCAUUAAGGCAAAGAUUAAGAACAUUUAAAACCAUUAGCAAUCAAACCACAGGCCUUAUUUCAUACAUUCAUCUACUGUACAAUGAACUGUUAUCAUGAAAAUGGCUAAAUAAAUUAUAUUUUGUUCUA